AUGAAUUGCAGUCCGCAGGUUGGCAUUGGUAUUGAUGUAGGCUCCUCAAGUGCUAGAGUAGGCGUAUAUAAUUACAACAACAAUGCUUUAUUGGGAAUGGCACAGGAGCCAGUCCGAUACUACCACGAUUCUUCGAAGAAAUCAUGGAAGUUCUGGCAAAAAUCAACCGAAAUAAUUAAUGCACUUCAGAAGUGUCUUCAGAAAUUAAAAAUCACGGAAUAUGACGUUAAGUCGUGCGGUGUUUCUGCAACAUGUUCAUUGGCUAUUUUUGAAAGAGAUCAUACAAGUAACAGGCUGAGACCAUAUCCGAAUGAAGAAAACGUUAUAUUUUGGAUGGAUUCUUCUGCGGUAAACAAAUGUAAAUGGCUGAAUAUGGAAUGUUCACAACAGCUCUUGGAUUAUUUGGGAGGGAAGUUCAUACCUGAAAUGGGUAUUCCCAAAUUGAAGUACUUUUUAGAUGAAUAUUCCCAUAAUCAAGACAAACAUUUUCAUAUUUUUGAUCUUCAUCAAUACAUUGCUUAUGAACUGAGUCGUUUGUAUCGGUGGAACAUUGAAGGACUCUUGAGAGGAGAAAAUCUUAAUGGUAUAGGCAAUGAUGGAGAGGUAUCUGGCUGGUCAUCUUCAUUUUACAAGAACAUUUUAAAAGUACCAUUUAAUGUAAGCAUCGGACCUGCUGGUCUUGUUUCCGACGAGAAAUUUUCCACAACUGUAGUUCGCAGUUGUAUCGACAGUUAUGCAAGUUGGUUUGCUGUUUCUUCUCCUCAUUUGGAAACUUCAUUGUUUAUGAUAGCCGGUACUUCCAGCUGCUACAUGUAUGGCACUUCCGUCUCUAAUGCUAGAAUUCCUGGGGUAUGGGGACCCUUUAAUACUAUACUUGACAACAGGGAUGAUUUUUCUGUUUAUGCUGCUGGCCAAUCGUGUACUGGUAAAUUGAUUGAACAUUUAUUUGAGAGUCAUCCAUGCGCCAGGGAAAUUCUUAAAAGUGGUACUGAUAUCUAUCAAGUACUGGAACAAACCAUUCAUGACAUUGAAAAGAACAAUGGUGUAUCAAUUCAUAUCCUUACGAAAGACAUGUUUUUCUACGGUGAUUACGAGGGGAAUAGGACGCCAUUUGCAGAUCCACGGAUGAAAGGUUCUUUCAUUGGCGAAUCCACCGAUACAUCAGUGUUGAACCUUGCAUAUAAGUAUAUUUCCAUAUUGGAAUUUUUAUCAUUUCAGACUAAAUUAAUAAUUGAUACUUUUCAAAGUCAAAGUACUGAUAUACGCAUCCAGGAGUUAAGGAUAUCUGGUAGUCAAGGGAGAAAUGAAAGAUUGUUAUCUUUGAUUUCCUUGGUUAAUGACGGUGUGACGAUAAUUAAACCGAAAGAUAGGGUCGAUAUGAUGGGUAUUAAAGGUGCUUACGUACUUGCUAAAUCUGCAAAGGAGAAGAAAGAAUUGGCCGACGUUAUAAAGGAGAGGGAUAUUACUAAUGACAGUGAACAAUUUAAACCUCUCGCUGAAUACCGGCUUGGAAACGAUAGCAUACCACUAAAAAAAUUACUUUGCGUUAAAUAUUAUAUACAUUUAGAUAUGGCUAAGCAGCAGAAGCGCUACCACAAACUCGUCGACCAAGUUUUCAGCACUUCCAAUUAA